AUGGAACUCAGACGUUUCGUCGGUUUGGCGCUGCUGAUCGCGGCGGUCCCGUUGCAAAUGUACCUGAUGAACAACAACGAAAACUUCAAGGAACUCGUCGCGGACAUCGUGAAAACGCUGCCGGAAAACAUACGCGGGCUGACCGUCGACCUCACCGAAUACGUCAAAGCGGCGAGUAAGUGCGAUUUGUGCGAUACGCGAAGGUUACCCGCGCUUACCUAGACAGUCAUGCAAAUGUACCAAAUAAUGCAGAUUUAAAAUGAGAGCAGCAGCGUUUGCGAAAGAAGCUUUCGAUUUUCUUUAGGUUCCAAUCGAAUUGGUUUAUCUGGGCGCGAUGUGAGUGGUUUUCCCUGUAUGCAAAUUUCUUUUUGACCAACAAUUUUGCUCCGAUCAUCAACCGGAGCAUUUUUUCUAAACGGAAAUGUUAUCGAUUUGGCACGUUCGUAAAAUCCAACUUGGAGGGGGAUAGAGAAGGAAGAUAAAGUCUGUAGAAUACCGAAUCUAAAGUCCUUCCAGUCAAGCUAGACAUCAGUGAUGAUUACUGAAAAUCGCGAUGUUUUGAGAACCGUAUCUUUGAAAACUAAACGUACCAACGACAUUUAAAAUACCGCUUAUUUUCAGUAACCUCAAAGGUUACUAGCCCUGGAAAUAAAAAGAGCUCGAAAUGGUUCGUGCACUGUGCGCACGCGAGGCCGAACUUGGUCUGGAGUAUUAUCGUGCGCUCAAAUGUCCGAUUAGAAAUAAUAAUAUUAUGCAACAACGGAAAAUAUUUGUCCACUGCCUCAACCAGCCCCUCCCAGCCCCAAUUUUAUACUAAACUCACCGUACAGCCUCUCCGUCGGCUUGCGUGUUUUUUUUUUUGUUAAGUAUUCUAAAAGAUAAACUAUAAAUGUAUUAUCGGUCAAAUGAUUUAUUAUUAUCAGGCCAUAGUAACUUCCGUAUCAAUAGUCUAAUAUCCAUGAUGAUAAUGGUUAUCAAUAAACAGUCAUGUUAUCACAGUGCAGUUAUCAACGUUACUUUAUUUUACAGUUGUAUAUGAUAUUGUAUCAUAUUAUAAUGCAGAAUACGAAUAACUAAUUAACGAUUUGACUGUUUGAACAUGGGUGCUGGUCCGGCGGUCAAGGGUCAAGGGGUAGGCGAUACAGGCCCACGCCUAGGACGGCAUUUUUUAGGGGAGCGUUUAAAAUUGUUUACGUAGUAUUUACAUUUAUAAGGGACAGCAAAACUAAGUUCGCCUAAGUGUGUUUAAACGUUGAAGCCGGGCCUGCAUAAGCGAUGACAAAUAUGAUUUUAACACACAUCCUGACGAUCCUAUAACAACUAUCCCAAAAAAUCAAAUUGAAUUCAGACAACGGGUUAUCAAAGGACCAUUUCAACCAGCUUUCAAAUGUUUUCCAAGGACAAUAUUUGACACUAUUAGCGGUAUAGUUUUCAGCAUUCUUGAUAUAGUUUGUUUCUUCGGCUAAAAUAUAAUCCAAAACAAGACAUGUCAUUUUGUUUUCCUUAUCCCGGUAAGACAUCAUGUUGGUCAGUGUGACAUAGCAUACUCAGAAAUGCAAUUUAGAAUUUGGAAAUUGGCAACAAUCAAACUUAAUCAAAAAACUUUAAAGUCUUUAUCAAAAAGCUAAAAUUUAUUUGAAUAGUUCUACACAUUUAUUGAGUUUUAUAAAUAAAAAAUGCACUGAUGUUGUUUUGGAUGAGAAACGUAAACGUAAACAACCAAAAUGAGAGCCAUCGUCGAAAUAAUCGUGACAUUUUAAUUCCACUUAUAGAUGUUGUAUAUAUAUAUAUCGGUCGGUGGCAAACCAUUACGUGGACAUACAGAAAAAACAAGUAGUGUACACAAAGAUCUUUUGAUAUUGAUGAUAUUCUAAGAAAAUAUAGUUCAAUAUUUAAUGAGAAAAUUUCAUAUCUGAACUAAAAGACGUUUUGCACACACGUUUGGGGUAAUUUGGUUAAAUUAGUUGUAUGGCGCCAGCCAUAAUCGCUAUAAUCGCUUAACAAUUAAUAUUUCGUUUUAGUAGUAAUAUUUUUUUUUGUUUUAUCAUUUCUCUAAUUAAUAAUAAUAAUAAUUAAGACAAAUAAUAAAAUAUAAUGUAAUGAAUGAAACAUAUUUUUCAUUGAAAAUAAUGCGAAAACAUAAUUUUGUCAUAGCUAUAUGGCUAUGACAUAUGUUAUUUUUGUUUGUAGUCAGCCUAAAAUUAUUAAUUUUAUAUAAAAAAAAAGUGAUUAUUUACAAGUAAUUCCGUGGCUCGGCUCCAGUCUGGGCUUCUACCAAAAAAUGCAGAGUGUUUGUUUUAAAAAUGAAAUGACAACCAUAAUGUAAUCACAUUUAAAAUAAAUUGAUAUGAGUCACUAAUACAGUAGGUAAUUAAAAUAUACAAUAACUGACAAAAAGAGUUUCAUUAAUAGCUGAUGAGACUAGUGACAUCAUGAACAAUUAACUAUAGUAUUACAAUAAGGUUAUGAUAUCAAACAUUUUUGAAAAUCAAAAAUAAAUAUAUUACUACCUAAUUUCGAUUUUGUGGAUUGCGCCGUUAAUCCUUGCCGUCCCGUACGUCCGUUUAGUUGCCUAUACUAUAGGCACCUAAGGGGUGAAAACUAAUGAUAUUUAAAUAUUGCGUAAUAGACGGAAAAAUAGAACAGAUGAGAAUACUUAGGUGGACGAAGUUGAGGAACUGAGGGGGUGCGAUGGGUAGAUCGAUCCCCCCUUGACUAUUUUUAAUGGUGAUUUUUCAAUCACAACUAUAGCCUAUCUAGGUAAUAAAAUACAAUAAUAAUCGUAUCAGUGGUGUAUCACAAUUUGUAAACUGCUCCCCGCCCCUUGAUUGAACUACAGCUAUGCAACUGGGUGGAUGAGUGGAGUGACAAGAGAAGAUAGGACACAGAAUCAGUACAUAAGACAUAUAUAUAUAGCUUAGGCGUCAAUUGAAUAGUAGACAAAAUGAGAGAAAAUAGACUGAGAGGGUUUGAGCGUGUCGUGAGGAAAACAAGAAUCGGAAGCAGUGAGAAAUUGUAAACUAAAUAAACGAACGAGGAAAGGGGGAGGAAGAGGAAAACCUAAAAAGAAUGGAUGAGGCGCGAUUGAGAAUGAUACGAUGACGAAGUGAAAGUUUUGGACGAGGAUGGCCACCUCCAGUCGAGAUGAAGUAGUUGAGAUGAAGGCAAAAGAAAACAAGGAAUUGCGUAGCUAAAUUAUCUAAUUAAUUACUCUUACAAUUUUGAUUUUUAACACUAUAGAGAUUGAUUAUUUUCAUUUUCUUGGUUUCUCUUCUCAAGAGGGUUAUAUUCGGAGCGUAUUCAGCUAUUUUCAUACGACGAUAUCGGACGAGGACGACGGCGACGACGACAACGAUGAUGACGACGAAGACGUCACCAAUGACGACGGCAGUCUGUCCGAAAAGAACGGCGAGGUGCCGGAACACAUGGUUCGAAAUUUCAGACCGCCGCACUUGGAAUUCAGAGUCGGGGACGUUGUUCUAACGCGAACCAUGGCCAUCGGCGUGAUCGUCGGGUGGAAGAUAGACAUGUCUGUAAGUCAUUACUUGGUGUGCGGGGCGUGUUGGCAAACCGGAAACGGAUAUCCCGCUAUUUAUCGACAUUUUUAUUUUGCGAGUUUUAUACGUAAUUUUUAUUCGGUAGGUACUGCGUGGUAAAAUUGUUAAACUAAACAGAAAUGCGUGCAAAUUUAACAGGAGGUUCAUUAAAUCUUACUCUGUGGUCAAAAAGAAAUGUCGAGUUUAAUGUAGUAUUUUUUUUUUUUUUUUAUAAAGAAAUUUUGGUAUCAAACUUUGACGAAAAUCUUUCGAGUAAAACAUUAUGUGGAACAAAUCUAAUUUUUCGAUUUUUUUGUUUUGAACAUAUUAUGCGUAUUUCCGAUUUAAGAACGGGGGUGAAGUAAGAAUUGAGCGGACUGACAAUUAUAGCUCGAAACUAUAGCUUUUUGAAGUUCCGAUACUUUAUGGAUAUUAUAUGUUUGUGUUAAAUAACUGUUUAUUAAAUAUAGCAAAUAAAUAUAUAAAUAAAAAAUGUAUGUAUAAAAAUAAAAUAAAUAAAUGAAUGAAUUCGUCGCUUGGAGUAUUAUGAUAAGUAGAUUUUAAAAGAAAACUAAAGAAAAGCACUGAAAAAAAAAAACAAUAAGGCUGUAUAAAUCUUCCGAAAAACCAUUCAAAAUGAUUUAUUACGGAACUAUACGGUGUUACAACGAAAACUAAAGUGUGAUUUUGAGUAGAUAAUUUCCAGAGCUUGAGCAUAUUUUCGCGUUUAUUGUCGUUUCAAAAAAAACCAAUCUACUAUAUACCAUACGGUACGCGAAUCACACUAUCUAAAUUGCAUCGAUAAAUAUAUUCGUAAAUCAGACAUAACGAGAUUGAAUCGAUCGAGCCAGCCAUGACAUUGGAACACAUUAUAUAAUAUAAAAGUAAAUAUUAACAUUUCAAAUACGUUUAUGUGGAACACAUUUUGAAAAUAUUUGACUUAAAAGCAAAAAAAAAAAAAAACAACGAAAUAAAAUGUGCAUUUUAUUCUAAGUAGUGUACAUCGAAUUUGUAGCUGACAUAGUUUUGUUUUAGAGCAAUAGAAAAAAAAAAAAAACAAACGCCUUCAAAAUCCUUACUCUAAUGAUAAGAUACGUAUUUUACGACCGGUUUCGAAAUAAAAAAUUCAUCACCAGGUAUAUCGCCGUAUGGAUAAGUAUAUUAUUUUUAAAAUGGCUUUGAACAUUUAAAAAUAUUAAUGAAAUUAUUUUUCUUUAUUUCUUCAUUGCAUACAUUUAAUUCUUCAAGUACUGGAAAUACAAAAACAAUAUAUUUUAUCAAUACAUUUUUGAUGAUAAAUAAUCACCAGAUAAUUUAUAUUUCUUAACGCAUAUAGAUACGUCUAAUAAAAACUAAUUAUUUUAAAUAAUCUCUCCUAUUAAAACAAACUAUUGUAAAACGAUCAAUGUGUAUAGUAUUUUUUUUCUAUGUAUUCCUCCAUUUAAUUUUUUAUAUUCAGUCGCGUUUUACAUUUUGACUGUGAUGUAUCUGAUGAUGAAUUUUUAAUUCGAAACCGAUCGAACACAUCUCAUCAUAAUACUCCAGGCGACACAUUCGUUCAUUUAUUUAUUUUAUUUUUAUACGUGAAUUUUGUAUUUAUGUAUUAUUUACGAGUAUUAACCAUUUCAACAAUUUCGUUUUUACUUUAUUAUUUUGUUAACUAUUUAUUGCCCUAUUUAUUAUGUGUUUGUCGUAGACUAUUGGUAAUACAUACAUGUCGUCAUCCUAGGGAUCGUAAGUUCUCAAACCCGAGUUUCGAAACAAUUUGUUUGCAAUUUUUUCCCCUUUUACCUAAACAAGGAAAAAACAAAUACAUUUUUGGUGUACCUAUAGAGACCCAAGCCAUCACUCGCUCGGACUGUUUUAAUCGCAAAAUACCCCUCGAUUCGUUGGGCAAACCUUUCUAUCGGUAAUCUUGCUCCGAUGUAUCAAGUUUAGCUCAUUUUCUUGUCAUUUUUUGAUUUCCCCAGGAGUUUUCUCAGAAGAUAUGAAAAACCGGAAAAAACUGAGAAAAAACGGGAAAAUGUACGAAAUGUAAGUAUUAGUUAAAAAAAAACAUAGGGAAACCGGGAAAAACGCAGGAAAAAGGGAAAAUCGGUACAAAUAUUAUUAAAGACAAUAUAUAAUGUAUUUUUAAUUUUUUUUACCAUAAUAUGACAUAUACAUUGUUGAUAAAGCAUCACUAUCAACUGAACUGCACUCAGAAUUGUUUUUUCGUUAGUAAUGGUUUGUCGUUGCUUACAGAUGUAUAGUAAAUUCCCUUCUGUAUACCACCUUCCCAACUUCCCACCUACAACAGUAGCUGCACCCGCGUAUGAAGUAUGUCCGUCUUCUUUACUACCUAUUCGAUUUUUGAAUUCUCAUUGACAAAUUGCGGAACUUCACGGUAAUUUUCGAGAUGCCGCGAAUUCCGUUUUCGAAUGAUCGUGUCAGUUGAUUUUAUGCCGACAAUGUUGAUAUUUGGUUAACUGUCUUGUCUGUGAAAUGCGUUAGGUUGUGAAUCGUCGCACAAUAAUUAUAAAUUGAAAUAAUUUUGUGUAAGAUGUAUGUACGAUAGCUGGAUCUAGGACAAUCCGUCCUCCGCGAAAAAAAAUAUCAGUGUAUUUUUAUAAGACCGCGUUUUUUUCCUAAUAUUUUUCUUAUCACUUAUCAGUGAUCACCAUCAAUUUCUAAUACUAAACUAAUAUGCAAUUUAUUAAUUAAAUAUAUUUUUAAAACGUAAUAAAUGUAAUUAAUACAUUAACAUAGGUAGUUUGUUGUAAUAUGUAAUGUAUAAUACAGGCAUUUUUAAUUAUAACUCCAAAUAAGUUAUAGUCGAAAUGGUCAGAUAUCGUCAAAUUAAUUAUUUGAAAAAUGUAAAUAAAAUUGAAAUAAUAAUUAAAAAAAGAUACGGACAUACUUCGCACAUGGGUGCAACCACUGUAAGUGAAAGUUGUGAAAGUAGGAUACAGAAGGGAAUUUAAUGAUUCUGGAACUGUGUAUGAAAUAAAUAACAUUGUUAAUAAAUACUAAUAAAAAAGACGGACAUAAUUCGCACGAUGGGUGAAACCGUUGUUUUUGGUGAGAAGUUGAAAAGGUAUGAUAAAGCGGGGCAAUUAAUUUGUAUCUCUAAUCAGCUAUAAACCAUUGCUAACGAAAAAACGAUUCUGAGCGGAGUUAAGCUGAUUGUUAUGCUUUGUCAACAAUAUAUAUGCCAUAUUAUGAUGAAAUUAUCAAAUAGGCAUUAUAUAUUUUCUUUAAUAAUAUUUAUUUUAUGUUGUUCCGAUUUUCCCGUUUUAUCAUAUUUGUUGAGACAAAUUCUGGGAAAAUCGAAAAAUCACCUCCCUAAAGGACCACCUCAAGAAAAUCUUUUCAAACCCUUUCAGUAAAGGGUCUACAUCGUAUACACCAGAGUGUAAGCUUCCUGGUAGAAAAAGUGUUCACAAAAAAACAUCCUCGUAAAACCCAAUACAUUCUUCGGUACACACAGAAUCUAAAAUAAUAAUUACCGGGCAAUUAUCGUCAUUUAACCACUGACACGGAUAGUAUCGUUUUUGGACUUUAGUUGUCUAUUAAAGACUGCUGUAAAAUAUUAGAAUACAGUAGUCAAUCGUUUAUAUUAUUAUUUAAUAAUAAUAUUCUGUACCGCGGAAUCCACAGAUAUUUUUACGAAUACGUAUUAAUAUCGACCGAUGACCAUGGGCUCCUGGCCCAACGCCGCUUUGAUUUCCGUAGUAUUUGUAUGUUUCAUCUGUGGGAGCCUCUUAAAGUAGAAUGCUCCGGGGGCCUUUGCGUGUCGAGCAGUCACUGGCCACGUCUGUUUGAUCGAAAUGACGGAAAAGUUUCGUACCUACCAAGGUGCCGGGCGAUCCACCUCGGUCCACCUACUAUUAACUAAUAACUAUUAACUGAGUGCAUUUUACAUGUUUACAAAUAGUCUCCUUUUGCACAAAUUGUCGUUCAUUGUUUUCGACAGGAUGCCUAUAGCAUUGACUUUAUAAUCAAUGAUAGAGGCGCUUAGUUAAUUUUUACCUUUGGGUAGGUACCCAUCUGGUUAGUUAUUUUUUAACAGUGCAUAUAGAUACCGAAUAUGUAAAAUCAAACCUUCAUAUGACAUAUAACGUUUUCUCAUUUCUGGUAAAUAUUGUACACUUAUUCAUUUUAAGGGAAAACAAACGGUUAUAUUAAAUAUUAUGGAUACGUUAUAAUUAUAAUGCCUCAAAUGAUUUAGGUGUGUAAGCGGUGACUAUAUAAAUGACAUAUUCAUUUUCAGUUUUUAUAUGUAAACUUGGCAAUUAAUUUGAAAAUAUAGUUUCAGCGCUGUAGGGUUUUAAUGCGCAAGUCAUCAUUGGUAUAUUAGUGAAAGUCAAAAACAUGGCCAGUAGAAUUAUAAAUGCACGACUAAAUAAGAUUUUAAUUUUAUUUCCUAUGGAAGGGGGCAACUAUUUUAUUAGUUUUGUUUUAUAUUCUUAUUUACCUAAAAUGACAAAUAAUUUUAUGUUUAGGGAAGCAUACAUUUUUAAUUAUCAAUUUUAAACAAAUAAAGAGUUUGUCCUGUAAUACAAUUUUCAUAAAAUAAGCAACUUUUGUGGUCUUAAUAAUCGUGUUAAGUUUAUGGAAAUGUCUUAUUAUGAAAAUACACAAAUUUCAAAGUAACUUCCUUAUAUCAUACAACUAGUACCUCUACACGUCAACAAUAUAAGUAAUAGAUGUAGUUAUAAUAUAAAUUUGAUUCAGUAACUAAUAAGAUUGAUAUUACCAUAAAUUAAAUAUUAUAAAAUCAAUGUAUUAAUUAAUAUACUGGUUUUGAUAUUUAAAACAAAGGUAUAGCUUAUUUUAUUAAUUCAAUUUGUUUUAUUUUGUUAGGACCUUUCGAGAGAACCAGAAUAUUACAUGUUGGUAGAUAUAGACGAUAACGAAUUUAUCGAGGUUCAAAAAAACAUGAUAGGAUUAGAAAACGUUGAAGUAAAUACAAUUAUAAAUGUACCUAAAUACACAAUAUUCAAUCUAAUUUGAAUAUUUUACCAUUUUAGGUCAGACAUAAAAACAUAAACCAAUACUUUAAAAAAUUUGACGGGAUAAGGUACACGCCAAAAAAGUGGCUGCAGAAAUUUUACCCAAAAGAUUGA